CAAAGAGGACGUGGCUUGAAACUCAAAAAGCCUAAAGAAGAAGAAGAAGAAGAAGCGGCAAACUAGUACACAAAAACAAAACUUGCAUCAUCAAUUCAGUUCAAUUCAUCAUCCAUGAUGCUUUAGCGUUGCAAUAUUCGUUGGUUUUGUAAUCGUAAAACCCAGAAACCCAGAAUCUACAACACCACGAAACUCAACACCGACCCAUGUCUUUUUCUCUUUUCUUUAUUUUCAGUUUUUUUUUUUUAAAAAAAAAAAUCGUCCCCACACCGAAUCUUACUAUCUGAAUAUUAAUUAAAAAACAAAAAAAAAAAAAAGAAAACAAGAAAGUGAAGCUGUUUCGGCAAACUACUUCCUCCACCUUCUUCGGCUUCACCUACAUCAUCAUCAUCAUCAUCAUCUUCACUUUCCCCUUUCUUUCAUCACAUAAUUUUCCCCUGUAUUUUUAUCAUUAUUCGAUUCUUCUCAACCCACAUUAGCAUUUCUACACUUGGGAAAGCAUUAGUUUUGGAGUAAAGUUCCCAACUUUACUUUCCUUUCCUUUUUUGUUUUGUCCUUCUUCUUUCUUUUUAGUCGUUGGAGUUUCUUCUUUGGGAAUGUGUCGCUUUUAGGAACAGUUCAAUACGUUUCUUUUUGUUUCGUCUUUGAGAAUCCCAUGAUGGAACCAUUGGAGAAUCAUCCAGAAAGCUCGGCUGAGGAAGUUCCUGUGGAGCGGGAAGUUGAAAUUUUGGAAGAGAACGGGAAAGAAAAUGGUGUUGCUUCCAAGAAUCACAAUGGGGGCAUUCAUAUUCCUGCCUUGAAUGCGCCAGGAUCAACUGACCAGAAUUUACCUGGGCAGAAUCUUGCAUCUGCUGGAGGCUUGGGAGUAGAUGAUUUGAAAUCUAGUUCUAAACAGCUUACCAAAACCUCAAGGAGCAAACAAAACAGUGGCGUUGGCUUCCUUGCUUUGAAGCUUUUUGAUGAAAAAUUUCCUCUAAAGAAAAAGCUCAAAUUGCUGAGGGAUCUUGCCACUGUUAAAGACGAUGGAACAGUGCAAUUUGAAGUUCCCGGAGAUAUUAAGCCUCAAACUCUUGAUUUUGGCACUGGAAUUGUAUAUGGUGGAGCCCGAGAAGAAGAAUCUGUCAGUGGGGAAGAGGUCCAAGAUGUACCACCAUUGCAAAUAGUUAUGCUAAUAGUUGGAACUCGGGGGGAUGUACAACCAUUUGUAGCCAUUGGAAAACGUUUGCAGGAGUAUGGUCACAGGGUCAGAUUAGCUACCCAUGCUAAUUUUGAAGAGUUUGUCUUGACUGCUGGAUUAGAGUUUUACCCUCUUGGUGGAGACCCAAAGGUUCUUGCUGGUUACAUGGUAAAAAAUAAAGGCUUCUUACCAUCUGGGCCUUCUGAGGUUCAUAUUCAGCGUAAUCAAAUCAGAGAGAUUAUAUUUUCUUUACUUCCUGCAUGUGUUGAGCCUGAUCCGAAGACCUCUGUUCCUUUCAAAGUGGAUGCAAUAAUUGCAAAUCCUCCUGCUUAUGGGCAUACUCAUGUUGCAGAGGCAUUGAGAGUACCAAUACAUAUAUUUUUCACAAUGCCUUGGACGCCUACUAGUGAAUUUCCACACCCUUUGUCUCGUGUGAAGCAACCAGUUGCUUACAGACUCUCGUACCAAAUAGUUGAUGCAAUGAUUUGGCUUGGAAUUCGGGAUGUCAUUAAUGAGUUCCGGAAGAAGAAGCUUAAACUGAGACCUAUCACGUAUUUGAGUAGCUCGUCUAGCUCCACCAAUGAUGUUCCUUAUGGAUAUAUUUGGAGUCCACAUCUUGUCCCUAAACCGAAAGAUUGGGGGCCCAAAAUUGAUGUUGUUGGAUUUUGUUUCCUAGACCUUGCUUCAAAUUAUGAACCGCCUGAGGAACUGGUUAAAUGGCUCAAAGCUGGUGACAAACCUAUUUACAUUGGCUUUGGCAGCCUCCCUGUCCAAGAACCAGAAAAGAUGACACAGAUAAUUGUUGAAGCGUUGGAAGCGACAGGACAAAGAGGAAUAAUCAACAAAGGGUGGGGUGGUCUUGGAAACUUGGCGGAGCCGAAAGAUUUCGUGUACUUAUUGGAUAACUGCCCCCAUGAUUGGUUGUUUUUGCAAUGUGCUGCUGUGGUUCAUCAUGGAGGGGCCGGAACAACAGCUGCUGGUCUUAAAGCUGCGGUAAUUUGCUGCUUUUAUGGAGGUUUGCUUACCUUUUUUUCUCCUUUUGGCAUUUUGAUAUUGUAUUUUGAAUAUUUUUUUUUUUUUUGGUCUUUUUUUCAGUGCCCAACGACUGUCGUACCAUUUUUCGGGGACCAGCCAUUUUGGGGUGAGCGUGUUCACGCCCGUGGAGUUGGCCCUGCACCCAUUCCUGUGGAUGAGUUCUCACUUGAAAAGUUGGUUGAUGCAAUAAAAUUCAUGCUGGAUCCAACGGUGAAAGAACGUGCAAUUGAACUGUCAAAGGCUAUGGAAAAUGAAGACGGAGUUGCUGGAGCGGUGCAAGCUUUCCACAAACAUUUCCCUCGGAAGAAAUUAUUAGAGGACAAGGCUGAGGAACCACAACAUCCGAAACGAUUUUCCAUGGCACGCUGUUUUGGUUGCUCUUAAUCUGACCGAAUAGACAAGACUUAGAAAUGAUCCAAGAGGGCUGCAUUCAAGUGUUGUUACAGAAAUUUCAUGUUCACGGUUUUCAUGGGAUGUUUAGUGUAGUGCAGCUUUUAACCUUGAAGUCCGUCUGUUAUACAGCAAACACAAAGCCUUGGGAAAAGCCUGCAGAUGAAGUGCCUUGGCAAUAUUUUAAGUAGGGAAAAAAAAAUUACUAAAAUUUUGUUAUACAUGCAGCCUGUUGUACAAACGAACCAUGUUAUCUGUGUACAUUAUAUCAUAGAGUUAAAAGUUUUCUCUAGCCUUUACUGCUCUAUUGAUGAUUUUUUUAAUGGUUGGUUACUGCUCUUUUUUUUCUUCUUCUUUUAGUUUAUUCUCUGAAUUUUG